AUGAAGAUAAUUGAUGUUUGUGGUUUUCAUACAAUGUUACAUUUUCUUGUUAAAAUUCUUUUUUUAACAUUACUGAUACUCAUUUAUUGUGAAUUUAUUAUUUAUUACUUUGUUUUAUUGGGUUGUUCAUGGCCACAAUUAUCUAAACUUGAACAAGAUUUUACUAUACAACCACCCAAAGAUUCAACUAAAAAACCAUUACGUGUUAUGUUUAUUGCUGAUACUCAUCUAAUCUGUUCGUACAAAGAACAUUCAUUUAAUAAAUUACGUCGAGAAUGGCAAAUGUAUCGUUCAUUUCAAUCCGCACAAUUUUUAUUUGAACCACAUAUUGUUUUUUUUCUUGGUGACGUAACAGAUGGUGGUCAAUUAUGUUCUGAUGAUGAAUGGAAUAAAACAAUUGAAAGAUUUUAUUCCUUAUUUUCAACAUCAAAUGAUACACGUAUAUAUGUUCUUCCUGGUAAUCAUGAUAUUGGUUUUCAUUAUGAAGUAACUGAUGGUCAUUUAAAACGUUUUGAACAAUCAUUUCAAGCACCACAUGUUCGUUUAUUAACGAUAGAUGAUGAUAAAAUACAUUUUAUAUUAAUUAAUUCAAUAGCAUUUGAAGGUGAUCAAUGUCGAUUAUGUCAACGUGCUGAAAAUGAAUUGAAUGAAGUUGUUAAUGAUCUUAAACGAACAGGUGCAUGGACUAAACCAAUAUUAUUAUCACAUUUUCCAUUAUAUCGUAUAAACGAUGAACAUUGUUCACGAUCAUCAUCAUUGAAGACGACAACCCAAUUUCCAUUACUUAGAGAACGUUUUGAUGUUCUUUCACAAGAAGCAACUGAACAUCUUCUAACUACAAUUCAACCUCGUCUUGCUUUUUCAGGUCAUAUGCAUAAUUAUUGUUAUAUACAGCAUAAUCAUACAAAUAACAAAUUAAUUCCAGAAUGGACAAUACCAUCAUUUUCUUGGGAAAUUCGAGAUGAUCCAUCAUUUAUGUUAAUGACAAUAACGACAAAUAAUCAACGUGUUGCACAUUGUUAUUUACCACGCGAAACAACAGUUUUUUGGUCUUAUGUUAUCGGUGCUUUUCUCAUUAUUUUUUAUAUAUUAUUCGGAGGACGAAGACCGUAUUGUUUAAUUGUCUUUUGUUUUUUAAGAAAAAUUCUUAAAAUAUAA